UCUGUUUUUAUUCCCCAGUAAGUGAGAAGGGUAGCCGUUCAUAUUGUGUUGCCACUGGCAACAUGUGCAAUAGUCCAGAAUCUGAAAAAUUGCCUCGCCUCUAAACUUUUCACCGCGAUAAUGAUACAGUUGCGUGACUAGUUGGAUUUGUACUUCAGACUUGCGAGGGUAGUCAGACUUGUGAGGGUAAUCAGACUUAAUGACAUGCUAUGCUUUGGACGGAGACGCAAAACGCAGUCGUCUGCUGAUGGAGGAAAUGUAUGUGUAUCUUGUGGCGAAGGUGAAAGUGUAGGGCAGGAAUUUCCUGGGUGUUUACCAGAAAUAGCUCUUGCCAAGGGGUGGGUUUCCGUCUACGUUGACUCGUUUUUUAUUUUGUCGAGUAAGAAGAAAACUAUAUCACCGCUUCCACUUUCGGAUCUGUUUUCAAAGCUCGCCCUCAGUCAAGUCAAAGCUCCGUUGGGACUCGGUGUGUGUCAUGGCGUGGCGAAGGCUGAAUGUGUGUGUGGGACUGUUGCUGCUGCUGCUGGCAGAACCCCCCAAAGCUAAAGGAGAUGCUGCUCCCACCUUCCAACCUGCCACCCUCCCUACCAGCACACACACUCCAGAGAAGUACUACGCCUGUGUUGGUCAUGUGAUGGUUCUUCCCUGCGAUGAUGCUGAAGGCCAGAAUGUAACGUGGAGGCGAGAGAAGGCUCCGCCCCUGGGUGUGGAUGGGGGCGGGGUUAGGGUCAUGGAUGGAGCCCUGUGGUUCCUACCUGCUAACUCCUCCCACAGUGGGGUGUAUGUGUGCAAGUGGAGUGAUGGAGUGCAGCGUGUGAUGCUGCGUGUGGACAGUGGAGUGUGUCCUGAGAAGACUCGCGAUAGGUACCUGGAUCUGAGCGCUGAUGUUGGUCGUCUGAAUUGCAAACAAGAUCACAUCUUCAAAUCCGACCCUCAAGCACACAUCACCUGGCUGAAGGACUGUGAGCCUUUGAACAGCUUCGAGAGGACCCUGCACAUUUUCAACGUGUCUCGUCAGGAUGGAGGAAGGUACACAUGCCUGCUUCACUUCAGCCUAGAGGGGCAGAACUACACCUCCGCCAGCACCACCGAGGUCCACAUUGGUAAACAUGAUUCUGAACCGCCCAGUAAGCCGCAGGUGAUCGGCCCCCGUAACGAGACCCUAGUGGUGGAGCUGGCCAAUCAUGAGAUGUUUUACUGUGUGGUGGGCAUGGCCGUGUUCUGUGGCAUGCUGCUCGUGUGUGUGUGUGUAUCUGUGCUCAUCCACCAAUGGGGCGUUGUGUCUCUUGUCUCUCUAGCCAAUCAUGCGAUGUUUUACUGUGUGGUGGGCAUGGCCGUGUUCUGUGGCAUGCUGCUCGUGUGUGUGUAUCUGUGCUGGCGUCGCCGAGUGGACCUCGUGCUGCUGUACCGCUCACUCUGCCCCGCGCUGCACAAACAAUGUGAUGGUAAGCUUUAUGAUGCGUAUGUUAGUUAUCCAAGUGGGAACAGCGUUUCCAUGGCAAUGACCUUUGCUCUUCGGGUUCUCCCCGAGGUUCUGGAGCGUAACUAUGGUUACAAACUCUUCAUCAGAGGCAGAGAUGACCUACCUGGUGAAGCUGUGUUUGACAUCAUCGACGAGGCUUUGGCAAAGAGUCGCCGCCUCAUCAUAGUGCUGGAUGGAACACCGAUGGAGACACACACACUUAAUGUGCAUGCAGAAAUAAUCCCACUAACCUUUACACACACUCAUGGAGAAACAACAGACACACACACCCAUAGGGACACACACACAGACACACACACCCAGUGUGACCCAGAGCAGGUGUGUUUUGAGCGGACCCUGGGCCAGUAUGAUGCCCUGGUGAGCUCCGGCCUGAAGGUGCUCAUCGUUCAGACGGGGGAGGAGGGGUCUACCCUGCCCCCCCCACUGCUCCUCCUCACACGAUCUAAACGGCCACUCCGCUGGCACACACACUCACACACACACUCACACUCACACUCACACACACCAUCUCAACAACGCUUCUGGAAGGAACUGAGAUACCGUAUGCCAGCACCUCAAAAGACAGUUCACCAAAACUCAAGUGCUGUCUGACCCGCUGGCGCACACACACACACACACACACA